UCGAGGCGCGGCGCACAGUGUGCUUUUGCAUUCGCAUGUAUCACCGUCCAGGCUAUUCGAUCGAAAAAUGUGUCUUCCGCUAUAUUUAAGUGCGAUUACACGCACUGUUUUUACAAGCUUUCGUCUAUAGGAGGUACAAGGUUAACUGUUGAAUCGCGUAAGCGUAAUUCGGACCGGUAAUUGGAAAAUUCCAUGGACUCGUGGGUCAACUAAACGGAAACCGCAUCGUUAAUUCUCUGGCCACAGAUGGUCAUCGUGGCGAACUCAUCCGAUUUCCAUUGAUUGUAUUUAUAGUGUCCUCCAGUUUAUUUUUGCAUGCGGUUCCUUUGAGAAAAAGAUGCGCCUAUCCGCUGGCUGACAGCUUUUCUCGCAUUCUCUACCAUAUUGUCCCUAUGUCCUUUAGUAUGGUGGUUUCUCUUCUUAUACGGUGAAGGAGCCGGAUCUGCCUAGCUCAAGUCCUGGAUACAAGCAAAAUAUAAAUAUUAUAACAUUGAAUACAAAAUGGAGUCUGCUAUAGCUGGACGUAGGCGGACAACCGCAAGACAUUCAGCAGAAGAUCAAGCUCUUGAUCAGAUAGCUAAAGAGGCAGAAGCUAGAUUAGCUGCUAGAAGACAGGCAAGAGCAGAAGCUAGAGAAAUACGAAUGCGAGAAUUAGAAAGACAACAAAAAGAAGCAGAGGAGAAUGCAGAUAGGGUAUACGAUAUGUGUUCAGCCGAUGUGAAUAGAACAAUGAGAGUAACUCCUGAUUCUGUAAGAACGUCACGACUUCUUACGAAUUCUAAUAAUUUUCAAUCCAGUCGUAGAUCUUCCGAAGAUUCACUGGAAGAUGCUGGCCUAAGCAGAGAUCUUAGGUUAGAAUUAAAAGAAUUUGAAGAAAAAUUUAGAAAAGCAAUGAUAGCUAAUGCUCAGUUAGACAAUGAAAAAUCUUCAUAUGCUUAUCAAGUCGAUCUGUUGAAAGACAAAUUGGAGGAAUUGGAAGAAACAGUUGCACAACUUCGUAGAGAGCUUAGAGAAAAGAAUCGGGAGUCCGAACAAUUGAAAAGACUUAGUCAAACAUUGAAAGAUGAAUUAGAUGUAUGCCAUGCACAACUAAUAGAAAGAGAUACGCUUAUACAAGAAAAUGGUCUAGUUAUUAUUGAUGAUGAAGGAAGUGAAAAUGAAGAUAAUGAUAUAGAGAAUGGCUCACGUCCUAGACGAAGAGUACUAGUCAGUACAGAAGCAGCAGAAUUAUUGCAAAAUGCUGGAAAAGGUUCAUUAGAUGUCCGACUGAGAAAAUUUGCUUCCGAAAAAAAAGAAUUGCAAGACGAGAUACGACAUCUAAGAUUGGAAUUAGAAGAAACAAGAAAUCGUAUUAGGUCCGAAAGAUCGCCUGGUUCAGUAUUAGGCUGUUUAUCAGAUUCUGAAGAUGUGCAACGAGAAGCAAACAAGCUUUUAGCAGAUUAUAAAUUUAAACUCCAAAAAGCUGAACAAGAUAUGUCUACUUUACAAGCUACUGUAGCCAGGCUAGAAAGCCAAGUAAUACGUUAUAAGUCGGCAGCAGAAGCAUCUGAAAAAGCGGAAGAUGAAUUAAAAGUUGAAAAGAGAAAAUUACAAAGAGAAGUUAGAGAGACUCAAGGACGUGUAGAAGAAUUGGAAACGGCAAAUUCUCAUUUACAAAGGCGAUUAGACAAACUUAAAAAUGCAAAAUCUGCUCUGUUAAAGGAGCUUUGACGAGACGAUUUCUUGGGAUCUGUACAAUGAAUCUGCCAUUUCGAUUCACUGAGAACCGUGUGCCUCAUAACACGAGAUAUUACUUAACGCAUUGCAUAAUUUAUGCGAACGGAACACGUACAUAUAGUGAUCGUUACGCGGAUUUUAUGAUUUUAAUUGAUUUUUAUUUGUACAAUAUUGCAUACAAGUAUGACAUUCCAAAAUGGCCACUAUUGUACAAUGGUCUUUUGGAAUUUUAUACUUGAAUUAAUUAUAUACUAAACUGCUGUGAAAAGAAAUCGCUGUUUUAUAUUCAAUACAUUCUUUUCUUUCAUUAAUUUUUUUCUUUUUUUUUCUUUUUUGGUACUAACAAUUAUCUUACAAAUUUUAAAGAAAAAAAAGGAAAAGGAAAAAAGAAAAAGAAAUAACAGCCUUUUCGAUGCAUUUGAAACACCGAAUAUUUUUUUCGUGAAUUUUGUAACAGUUAUGGAGUCGAUUCGUAAUAUAUUAUUUGAAGGGAAAAAUAUUCUGACUCGUGUAUUAUAAAUGGAAUUCAAUAUUCUUUCUGCCUUUAUUUUUUUGAGGCACAAUCUUUUAUGUUACUUCAGUUUUUGCUCAUUAGAGCAACAUUGAUAAUAAUUAAAAAUAAUUAAUCAUAUUAUAAUUCUUCAUUAGUUUAUGAUAUACGGGUCAAUUAAGACAUUGCGUACGUCGAUGAGUGUAAUUUUUGUGUUACAUCGAAUAAUUUAUAAACGAUAUUUCUAAAGAUACAAAAUAUUUAUAACUCCUACGAGAAACGUGUUAUAGUUAAAGCUAGCAUUUCGAAUGGAAGCAACCAGUCUACAAUAUUCAUUUUCUACUGUGACCGUUUACUAUAUAAAUGUUUUUAAUUUUUUAUAUCAUACUUAUAUCUGAAAAAAAAAAUAUUAGAAUUUAUAUAUUUGAUAGGAUGAUAAAGAUAAAACUAUUUCAUUGGCACAUUACACUGAUAAAAAGAAAAAAAUAUUGCUGCUGAUUAUAUUGCCUGAUUCAAUGAUGGUAUUCAAUUUUUUAAUCAUAGCAUUUUUAAUCAAUUGAAUUGUCUCCAAAACUGAUAUUUUUUAUUCCUCGGACUGAUGUGAAGUAAAAGAAAGUAGAUGUAUGAUAUAGUGUGGUCUUUGUACAUUCGAAAUAAAUUAAACUAUGUUGUUGAAGCUAUAUAA